UGAGCCGAGCCAGCCGCCGCCGCCGCCGCCGGACUUUCCCUCCGAACGUUCGCCCCCAGGCGGCCGCGGAUUGGCUCCCCCGCGUUCUACCUCCGGGGGGGCUGCGACUCAACGUUCCGAGGGGGCGCCGAGCGUUCGAAGCGCCGAACUCUCCCGUCGCCGACGUUCCAAAAAGCAACUCAACGUUCCAGGGGCGCUCCGCGAACGUUCCAAGAGGGGAAAUCGCGGGAUCGGGACGGUUCCGACGCACGCGGGGAUUUUUAUUUUUUAUUUAUUUUUUAUUCCCCGCACAAGGCGGCGGCGGCGGCGGCGGCGCCUUUUCCUCCCCCCCCCCCGCUCCUUCUCGUUUUUUUUUCCCCCUCCUCUCCUUCUCCAUCCGCGGCGGUGGUCGCGAUUCCGUUUUUCUUUUCCUUUUUUCCCCUCCGUCCUUCCCCGCCGCGCCGUCUUCUCCCAUGGAAGGCGUCGGCGCCUUGGUGGCUUCCUACUCCCGCGGCCUGGCCGGGGGCCUCGGCGUGACCGUCUGCGCCGCUGCCGGCGGGGUGUUGCUUUAUAAAAUCGCGCGAAGGACGAAGCCCACCCACACAACAGUGAACUGUUGGUUUUGUAACCAGGACACUGUGGUGCCGUACGGGAACCGCAACUGUUGGGAUUGCCCAAAUUGUGAGCAGUACAAUGGAUUCGAAGAGAAUGGAGAUUACAACAAGCCGAUCCCUGCUCAAUACAUGGAGCACCUCAAUCACGUUGUUUCUGGGGCGGGAGCCUUCUACGACCCCACGAAGCCCCAGCAGUGGGUCAGCAGCCAGGUUCUUCUUUGUAAGAAGUGUAACAACCAUCAGACAAUGAAGAUCAAACAACUGGCUUCCUUCACCCCCAGAGAAGAGGGCAAAUAUGACGAAGAAAUUGAGGUAUAUAAACACCACCUGGAGCAGACCUAUAAACUCUGCCGGCCCUGCCAAGCUGCUGUAGAAUAUUAUAUCAAGCAUCAGAACCGCCAGCUUCGAGCCCUUCUCCUCCAGCACCAUUUCAAUAACCGGAAGAGUGGCGAGACCUACAUGCAGAGCUUUUAUGCUUCGGCUUCUGCCGGGGCCAACAUCACCCCACUGAGAGUGAUCCUGCUGCGAUUCCUGGCCUUCCUCAGUUGCGCCGUUCUUGUGAUGAUGGCCUUCUACAGGUCAGGCGACCCGUUUUUCCCGGGAUCUGCGACACCGCCGGUUCCGCCAAGCCCAGGGCUGUCGAGGAACAGGACCGGGCCUUCACCGGACGUGACCCUGCCACGCAAUGGCACCCUCCUGGCAUCGCUGGGCUGGCAGGAAGCUGUCCAGUUACUCUCGGCGCGAGCCGUGGAGAUGCUGGAAGCAGCCUGGGCUUAUGGGAAGAACCAUCAAACAGCCGUGGUCAUCCUGGGCCUCUUCACUUGCAUCCUGGCUAUGUUGCUGGCAGGACGGAUCAGGCUGCGACGGAUCGACGCCUUUGCCUCCUUCCUGUGGCUGCUGGUGAUGGGCUUCCACCUGGUUGAGAAGUAUUUGCAGGUGGACAUUCCCAGCUGGGUGGAGACCGCCAAGUUCGGCACCACCUCCCUGUGCUGCUUGGUGGGAUUCGCAGCCGCCGUGGCCACGCGGAAGCCCGGGGGUCAGCGGAGACCUCGGCCCCGAAGGUAUUCCCCGGGAGAUCCGGUGGCCACAUUCCCCAGCAGCUCCGAGGUCAGCUUCGCUUAUCCCUCUCCUCCCCUUGCCUUCAUCCCAACGCCUCCCAGCAUCCUCCAGUUGACAAACCAGCGGCUCUUCUGCGCCCCGCGUCGGAUAUCGUCCUCGUCCCUCCCCGGACGGCUGAAUCGGGCCCUUUCACUCGGCACUAUUCCUUCUCUGGCCAGGGCUGAUUCAGGCUACCUGUUCAGUGGAAGUCGGCCGCCCUCGCAGGCAUCCUGCACCAAGGACUUGGCUGCGUCAGAAUAUUUCUCGCUCCUCUCCAGAAGCUGCAUGUCCUCCCCGGCGCCCUCGCCAGCCCCGUCAGUGGCCGGCUCAGUGGCGUCAAGCUCCAGUUCCCUGCGUUACCGCCGGCCUCUUAUCAGCCCCGCGCGGCUGAAUCUGAAAGGGCAGCAGCUGAGGCUCUUCUCAGGGCAGGGUGGGGAAGAUUUCACCCCCUCGGAAAACAGCGCAUUUCCUGCAGAUCGGCCUGCCUUUCCGAAAACGCACUUCAGGGAUCUGGGGCAUCCAGAUGUGAUGGCGGUGGUGGAAGCCAGCAGCGUCUGCACCGAGGAUUCGGCUAAGAAAGGGGACAGGUCAUCACACUCGUCGAACUGUGUUGUUGACACCACAACGAAAGAAGAGCCUUCGGGCUGGAAGAGCUGCUUUGGAAACCUGCUUCUCCGAGGCCUCCUGGCCCUCAGCCUGACGGCCAACGCCAUCUUCACGUCCGCCUACCUCUACCAAACGUUGCGAUGAGCCUUGGCCCCCCAAAAAGCAGGGACUCUCCCCGUUUUCCUUGUCCGGGAGGCCGGGAUGUUGCAGGAGAGAUCCAGGCACCACAAGGACCUUCUCCGCCGCUUCGCCCUGUCCUGCGGGAUCCAGUCUGCUUCUCCGGUUCGCCGUUUCUGCCCGACGUUCCUUGCCCUCUUCUCUGCCAUCCGAGAGCCCCAGAAACGGCUCAUCCAAACUUUUGGGACAACCUUUUUGGCCCUUGGCGGAUUGGGAAGCGCCCUGACUUUGCCAUGGUUUUCCUUGAUGUGUACAGAACAUGGGAUGGAUCCAGAGGUGGGAUUUCAAAGGCCGAGGGCCAGAUGCAGGUGGUGUUGCGUCCCGCCCUUCGGCAGCCUUGCCUCUGUCGCAAACCUCGAAUGGUGGUUAAGUUCUGGCUCAUGGGGAGAACUUAAGAAACUUGGGGGGGUCCGUCUCCCCAUCCUCUUCGGUCUUCCAGCCCCCUUUUCCCAGUCUCCCUCUGGUUGAGGGGAAAAACAGCCCAUCACAUUGCUGGAUAUUUCAUCGGCCAACACCGGCUGACUUCCGGCAUCCAGUCACUUUCGUUGCUUUUGAAUUCGAACUCGGCUGGCAUGUUUGGAGAAAGUCUCUGUGGUUGUGUGUGUGUGUUUUUAAUUUAUUUAUUUUCACGGCCAGGAAGAGCCCCGUGCUGCAGCCAGUUUUGAUUUGGCCGCAAGCCAUAUUUCGGUUGGCAUCCUAGCUUGUCUUGGUAGCUCUCAGAGUAAUUUAUUUUCACUCUGCCGCACUGGAAAUCUGAGAUGGAGCAGCUUUACAGAAUGAGUCACCAGGCUGUGUCGGGGAUCUCUUUCUCUUCUCCAUCAGCAGCAGGGGAGACCUGUGCAAAAUAAAGUUUUUUUUCCAUGCUUAAGCGGCCCAAAUCUGUACCAGGCUCGCUUAUGACAUCCGGCCUCUUUUUCCAGCACCAGUAAUCUGCUCCUUCGACUUGGCCUUGCCUGGCUUUUGACUCUCUGCGUUUGGAUGUUUGUAAGGGGUGAACCCCUGCAUGCAGAAAGCUAGCAAAUUAGGGGGAAAGGCGAACCCAGAUGGCUUUUUUCCUCAUUUUCAAACCAGAGAGGACUUUUUCCCCAUCGUGCGGUCGAGCUGAGCCCGUUUGCCGCCUCUGCCUGCUGUUUCGCAAACUGAUCAUUGAUAACUAAAUUUGAUGAUUUAUUUUUCCUAGGUGUAGAGUUGAAACAUGUCUGUCUGAGCAGGGAGGCAGUUCUGCUGGAAAUGAGAGAAACUAAAACCAUCUCAGGAUGUAACUUCUGGCCCAGGCUUCAUGGGUGCUAGCUGCUUAAACCUUCCUCGCUCAGCCCAUGUUGGCUGGCCAACUGAUAACGCUUCUGUCUUACCAGCUGCGCAGCAUGGGUUAGAAAGUUGGUUUCUUUUUGAAGAGCAUGACAAGAACACGCAUCUUCAAGGCCGUAUCUGCCCCUUUAGCAGCCAAGAAAACUUUUUUUCAGCCGCUAGGCAGUGGCCAAGAUCGAGACCCACCCCUUUAUCCACCCACAAUCGUGGCUUGGUAGUGAGAUGUUAAAUGUCCUAAUCACCGGUUGCUCAUGGAUGGUGCAAGGUGCUCACUUGGCCCCCCUCUCAGCACUGUUCCUCUUGAAAAAUUUCCCACCCUGACUCUCUCCCACCUCACAGCAAUCCACCCGCCUUGAAACCUCUCUUGAAAGUGUUGAUUUUCCGGAAACUUUAAAUGCUGCCUUGGGUUAAGCAGGUCUUUAGGCUUUUUUUAGAAGCCUAUCGGUCCUGUUUAACCCAGUCACAAUAAAGCAAGUUGCUCAGAAGUGGUGUCCUUUGAAGGUGUCAUCCCCACAUGGGCCUUGCAAGCCAACAUGUGUGGAAGGCAGCAGCUUUUUUUUUUUUUUAACUCAGCAAAAAAUGCGGGUGGGGGGCACAAGAGGCCUGUAUCUUUGGUGCUAGACGACACGGUCACACUGCUGCAAAGUGUUCCUUUUAUCGCAGUAUAGGUAGGCAACAAUGGUCUUAAAAGUUCCACCACCGUGUGUCUUAAUUACUAUCCUUUUCACAGUGUUUUUUCACUCUUUAUUAAAAAGUGGGGGUGGGUGGGGAAAAAAAAAACCCACUCAAAAAGUCAUUUUUAAAUGUUUGUUAUAUUUCAUGUCGUUUCUGCCCAGGUGUGUCCCCAAUUUUUCCUUUUUUCUCCUGGGGAUCGGGGUUCUAACUUCUGGCUUGCUUCUUCACUUUUCAUUGAGGCAACUGGGCGUAAGGUGCAUCCUCUGAAUGAGAAAUUUGUUUUCAAAUUAGCCACGUUUCUGUAGAAGCCACCAAUCUCUCUGUAUUCCAGCAGCUAUGUAUCUUUUGGUAUACGCACACACACACCUCUCAGUACUCCAUGAGGACUAGCUCCUUGCUGAAUGUACAAGAAGGACUGAUCAAAUAAAUACACUGUGUCCUGCGAGGCUUGAAUUUUAGGGUGGGUGGGAAUGCCAUUGACUACAUUAAAGAAAAUGGUGGGAUCUUUGUUUCAUUUUAUACUUAAGGAUGGUGGGGAGAAUCCACCUCUUAAUCGUUCGUUUAAGAAUUUAUGCUGGAGGAGAGCGAGUUUUUCCCUCCCUCUUUUUUUUUUUCCCCUCUAAGAUGUUUAUGUUCUGUGUUUGAAAGAUUAUUUUUCUUUACAAAACUAAGAA